ACGUCAAUAAUGAAAUUUUGCCAACCAUCAAAGCAAUGCUUGUCACCACCAUUCCAAAAUCUGUUGCCACCCAGAAUCACAAUGGCUCCAACUGUACACAACCCCUUCUAGAAGACACGGUUCCUGUUUUUUUUUUCCUUAUUUUCCUCAAACAUGUCAUAAAAUUCUAGUACUUUGAAUUUUCAUUGAAUCCUCUCUCUUUCUUCUUCUUCUUCUUCUUCUGAUUGGUUUGGACCAUUUUUUUCUUAAACUAAUCCUCUCUUUAAUCUCAAGUUACCCAAAACUUUGACUUCAAGUGUGUUCUGAAUCUUCUGAUUGUUCUGUUCCUUUUAUGGUUUUUAUAUUCAUUUUUGGAGUGGAUCUUGGAUUGGAGCACAGUUUGCAGGACUACCCAAAAACACAAAGGUAAAGUACAAUGAAUAAGAAGCUGAAUUUGAAUGUCUGCAGGUGAAAUCAGAACUAAAGAUGGUUUUUUUCUUAGUUUCUAUUCUAGCAGAAGAUAAAGGGGUGAAGUAAAUCAUCUUGAGGUUUCAAAAAUUGUUCCUUUCUGAUGAUGAGGGAGUAAUCAGGUGGGUCCCAAUUCUCCGACCUAAAUGUUUGUCAUAUCAUGUGUUACCUAGAUAGCUCCAAAAUCAAAAUCUUUAGCAAUGGGGCGUGGAUUGAUGCCGAUUGUGAAUGAAGUUUCUGUGCUUGAAAACCAUGUUUUAUCCUGCAGAAAACAUGGACUUUGUUUUGCUUAAAUGCUAGCUUAGCUGUAUUUGCUAAGGAGGUGGCUUUUGUUCUGUUGCUGAAACCACUUCUACUAUUUUCUUGUCUUUUAGAGAUUUGUGGGGUUCUUGCUGCUUUGGGUUGAGUACUCAUCAUUGUUUAUUUGGUUCUUGCCCCUUCAAGGGAAUCUGCUCCAAAAAUUGGUUUUGAUUUAGUAGUUUUAAAAGAGUAUGAGGAAAAAUGGGGGUUCUCAUUCAGGAAGGAUGUUUAGUGACAGGAAGUGGAUUAUCCCGUUUUUCGCAAGUUUGCUUGUAUCUGUGAGUCUGCUUCUCACAUCUUUUCUUGGGGUGCUUAGUUCUGCUGGGGGUGGGGGAGAGCAGGCACCAUUUGACAUUAUUUCAUUCAAGAGAUCAGAAGAUUCCAGUGGAUAUUUUGUAGAAUCGGAAUUGGGAAGUUCUCUCAAUGCUAGUGUUCUUGUUAAAAAGGAAGCACCUAGGUUUGCAUAUCUUAUCUCAGGCACCAAGGGUGAUAGUCAUAGGUUGUUGAGGACAUUAGAGGCAGUGUAUCAUCCAAGGAAUCAGUACAUCUUGCAUUUGGAUCUUGAGGCGCCGCCCCGGGAAAGGUUGGAAUUGGCAAAUACAGUGAAGGCAGAUCCAGUAUUUCGUGAAGUCGAGAAUGUGCGUGUUAUGUCUCAAUCCAAUUUGGUAACCUAUAAGGGUCCUACAAUGAUUGCUUGUACCCUGCAAGCUAUUGCAAUACUAUUGAAGGAGAGUUCAGAGUGGGACUGGUUUAUAAACCUCAGUGCCUCAGAUUAUCCUCUCGUGACACAGGAUGAUUUGCUUCAUGUUUUCUCGAAUUUAUCUAGAGAUCUCAAUUUCAUUGAACAUACACGUUUUACUGGUUGGAAACUGAACCAGAGAGCAAAACCAAUCAUUGUUGAUCCUGCCCUUUACUUAUCAAAGAAAUCUGAUUUAGCUUUCACUACUCAACGAAGAACACUUCCCACGGCUUUUAAACUGUUCACCGGUUCAGCUUGGGUUGUGCUAACUCGGUCCUUUGUGGAGUACUGUAUAUGGGGAUGGGAUAACUUUCCAAGGACUAUGCUUAUGUAUUAUACAAACUUUGUCUCUUCGCCUGAGGGAUAUUUUCAUACUGUUAUUUGUAACACUAAGGAGUUCCGGCAUACAGCGAUAAGCCAUGAUCUUCACUACAUUGCUUGGGACAAUCCCCCAAAGCAGCAUCCAAUGUCUUUGACUAUGAAAGACUUCGAAAAAAUGGUUAAAAGCAAUGCUCCGUUUGCUCGAAAGUUUGCGAAGGAUGAUCCCGUUCUCGACAAGAUUGACAAAGAAGUUUUGGGUCGUACACAUAGAUUUUCACAUGGAGCAUGGUGUGUUGGGACCUUAGAUGCUGGGGCAGACCCUUGUUCUGUGCGUUGCAAUGAUACAGUGUUUAGUCCAGGCCCUGGUGCUGAGAGAUUACAUGGGCUGCUUCAGGUGCUGUUAUCUGAAGAAUUUCAAAGCAAGCAGUGUUUGUGACGAAAGGGGUAACCUCCACUAAGAUAAUGUCAAGUGUACAUAGUGUGGUUAUAGAUCAUACAUGUCUGAUGUAAAAUAUCAGAAUUUUGUGUUCAAGAUUAUAGUAAGAAACAACAAGCACUCAGGUAGCAGUUUUCUGGUGCUUGUUUUGGUUGCAAUUCCAGCCAACCAUUUACAAAUUACAACCAUUUUUUGUUAUGUUACAAAAACAAUUAAAUUUCAGAGUAAUUUUUAAUUGGUUA